AUGACAAAGGUCAGGGAAGCUAUGGUGUUCACCAUUGAUGCAAUGAAGGUCGGAGAGGUGUAUCUUAAGCUUGCAAAGUACAUGUUUAAAGUCAAACCCACCCUGCAACCAUUGGAAAAGACACUUAAUUGGCCAUUUAUUUGGUUCCUCUAUCAGAAGCAUAUAGGGUUUCUACAUGUGCUUACCCAAGAAGAGAAAGAACAAAAAGUUCCAAGAAAAGAGCAAUUGUGA